UGUGGUUUUGUUUGGUACUUUUAUUCUGGAGGAGGGUGACCGGAACUUGUGAUUUUGCUAUUCAUUCGAUACAGUCAUCACCUCGCUCUCUUUCUUGUGAACCAUAUUCAUUGAGAAAUACAACUAAUUUAUAUAGAGAAAUGAGCAAGCGAUUUAACAUCAACUUUGAUGACACUGCUUUCACCAAAGAAAGAACACCGCCUAAGUCCUAUUUUGUGUCUUCAUCCAAAGGACAAGUCACUUCAACCACUUCCUCCUCAAAGUCUGCUCCUUCAUCUUUGGACAACCCUACAUCAUAUGCACAAUAUAUUGUCCAGAAAAACUCCAAUGUGGCCGCUAUACGUCAAAGAGAGCCCCCACCUCCAAAUUCUUCUCGGACCAAUAAUGCUGGGGUCAUUUGUGAAAAACGAAUCGAGCCUGUAUCUGUGUCAUCUACCUCAUCUAAAUGUGAAACGGAACAAAAUUGCAUAGACGGGACUGAAAGUGGAUUUAAUGGACCUGAGACAAAGGAGACACGGUUAGAUGGGACAGAACAAAAAGAUGCAAACCUCAGUCUGGGACCAAAACCUUUAGGGUCUGGAAGCAGCAUUAUAGUCAGUCCCAGACAGAGGGGAAAUCCUAUCUUGAAGUUUGUGAGAAAUGUCCCCUGGGAAUUUGGUGAUGUUGUACCAGAUUAUGUGUUGGGGCAGACAACAUGUGCUCUUUUUCUCAGUCUGAGAUACCACAACCUCAAUCCAAACUACAUACACGAAAGGCUGAAACAACUUGGACAGUCAUUCACCCUGAGAGUUUUACUGGUACAAGUGGAUGUGAAAGAUCCCCAUCAUGCAUUGAAGGAGUUGGCCCGCAUCUGUAUCAUGGCUGACUGCACACUCAUCUUGGCUUGGAGCCCAGAGGAGGCAGGGCGAUACCUAGAAACAUAUAAAUCAUAUGAAAAGAAACCAGCAGAUUUGCUAAAGGAGCAAGUUGAAAAGGACUACCUCUCAAAGGUUACAGACUGUCUGACCACUGUUAAGUCCAUAAAUAAGACAGAUGCCAUUACUUUAUUGUCCACUUUUUCGUCUAUAGAGGGAAUCGUCGGUGCAUCUAAGGACGACCUGGUUCUUUGUCCAGGUCUUGGUCCACAAAAAGCAAGACGGCUCUAUGAUGUGCUUCACAAACCUUUUCUGAAGUCAAAAACAAAGGACAGCUGAACCCUCUGACAAAAAAAAACCAAUGACACAACACAUGGAGUUGGUCAAAGCAUGAUUGAGCAUUU